AUGACUGCACACAAGUUCAGCGUCAUCAUUGCGGGCGCUGGGCCUGUUGGUCUCUCAGCAGCCCACGCCCUUCGUCUCGCCAACAUCGACUUUCUCGUUCUCGAAAAGAGACAAAAUGUGGUCAUUGACGUUGGUGCUUCUAUAGCUGUUGGCCCUGCGAGCUUGCGGGUAAUUCACCAACUCGGCCUCUUGGAAAGCCUUUUGGAGGUCAGCCAUAGGUCGGAACGCAAAAAGGCGCUUACCAUUGAUGGCCGCAUCGUUAAGGAUACUCCGUUCUAUCAUCAUUUGAAAGAAAACACUGGCUUCACGUCGAUAGCAUUCAACCGCGUUGACUACUUGCGACUCUUAUAUGAAAGGCUGGGAAGCGAUAAGGCCAAGGUCCUGACGGGAAAGGAAAUCGUCGACAUUUCAAGUACCAGCUCUGGCGUUACGGUAAAGUGUGUCGAUGGAACUCUUUACGAAGGGUCAAUCGUGAUUGGUGCAGAUGGCGUCCACAGCAAAGUGCGCGGCAUAAUGCGUCAGAUGGCUAUUGAAGAACACCCGAAGAGAAGCUGGGACGCAGAACACCCUUACUUGACAACGUACAAGUGCCUCUGGUUUUCCACGCCUUCACUAGUCAGCGAGCAGAACCUAUCUGGAAGCCCGGAUAUGGCGGUUUAUGAAACAUACCACAAGGAUCACUCCAUCAUGUGCUUGAGUGGAAGGCUGCGUUGUUGGGUCUUUCUUUACAAAAAGUUACCGCAGCCGACGACGAAACGUCUCGCUUGUACCAAGGAGGAUAUGGAAGAAAUGAUGAAUAUGUUUGCAGAAUUCUAUAUAACUGAGGAUAUGAAGCCGUUGCUCAAGCACCGGACGGUAUACCCAGCACCCUCGACCUGA